CCUUCUAUGUCUACAUGGUGCAUGGUGUGUGAUCUUAUGGUAUAGUUAUCUGGUAGUUAUCACGAUGCAUCACGAUGGACAUCUCAAUGUGCAUUUAUUCUGAAAUCUAAUUUUUUAAUUUGGUGUGUUAAUUAAUAAAAAGACAAUGUCAUCACAAAGUGAUAACGAGUUAAAAAGACUUUUGAAUAAUCCGGCGAAAAAUGCGGGCGACCAAGGUUCUAUGGCUCCUCCAGCUUUUGCAAUUGUUCCACGGCCGAGCACUUCGCAAAAUCCACAAUCAGCGAUGAACCCCAUGACACCGGCUCACAGCACAAAAGAAGUCUUCGAACCUUGUCUACAAAACGUCGUUUCCACCGUAAAUUUAGGAACAGAAUUGAAACUCACUUAUAUUAACACUCGCACAAGAAAUUCGGAAUACAAUCCAUCCCGUUUCACAGGAUUGAUUAUGCGAAUUCGCGAUCCGAAAGCGACUGCCUUAAUCUUCCGCUCUGGAAAAUUGGUUUGCACUGGUGCGAGAUGCGAGGAGGAUUCUUUUCUCGCUGCGAGAAAAUUCGCCAGAAUUAUUCAGAAGCUUGGAUUUCCGGCUAAAUUUCUAAACUUCAAAAUACAAAAUAUUGUUGCCACGGCAGAUUUGAAGUUCCCGAUCAAAUUAGAUAAUCUUAAUCAUAUGCAUGGACAAUUUUCAAGUUAUGAACCAGAACUUUAUCCUGGUUUAAUUUACCGAAUGGUUGCACCCAGAGUUGUGCUUUUAAUCUUCGUCAAUGGGAAGAUUGUUUUUACUGGUGCGAAGAACCGAAGUGAUCUUCAAGACGCUUUAACGAAUAUUUACCCGAUUUUGAAGAGUUUCAGAAAACUCUGAACCUUUAGAAAAUUCGCAAUCACAGUGUAUAUAAAAAAUCACGUGAAAUCAGUGCUUCUUUCAAAAAGACUCAACUUUAAACGAAUUAUUAUUAUUAUUUAAUUAUUUUUUAGUUUAUAAAAAGUUAAAUGUUGUCUCGAAAUUAGAUUUUUUUGAAAGAAGCAUAUAAAAAUCUCUAUUAAUUAUUUUUCAAUUAUUUGAAAUACUCUUAAUUAAGCAUUAAUUUAUUUAAAAGAACUAUAUUACCGAAAUUUUCUAUCUAUACAGUUCUUUAAAUAUGUAUUACUUUUUAUUCUACUUUGUUAUAUAAAUCAAACUGUUUUCCGUUUGAUUUUUUUUGUUGAAAGGCGUGGGUAUAGAGAGUGAAAAAUCGUUUUAUUUAAAAUAUUCUCAUGUAUUUUUCAACCGUUUCACAAAUUUUUGUACCUGUCGUAAAAAUAAAUUUCAAUAGACAAACAUAA